AUGUCGGAACAAAGCAACAAGAACACCGAUGGGGAGUCUAAUGUGAUUGAGGUUGAACUGCUCGCCGUGGACGAGGCCGAGAACUAUCAAGGCCUGACUUUGAAGUGUAUCCUUGUUUACUUGUCCAUACUCAGUGGUUGCUUUGCGCAAGUCCUUGCAAUUGUCGCGACCGGCGCAUUUGCCAGAAACAUGGCCAACGUUUUGGGCGGGCGCGACAAGUAUAUUUGGAUCCCUCAAGGCCUGAUCAUCUGCAGCACGUUUACGGCAGCCCCCAUUGCGCAGUCGUCGGACUUUUGGGGCCGUAAGUGGCCGAUCCUGAUUUGCACUGGACUCUGCGUCACUGGCUCUAUCAUCAUCAGCAGAGCAUCUUCCAUGACCAUGGCCAUUGCCGGAUCGUUGGUGGUCGGUGUUGGGGCGGGGACAACUUCACUGUUAUAUGCAGUUGCAUCAGAAAUCAUGCCACGGCAGUAUCGACCGGUUGCCCAAGCCGGUGUCAAUAUUUCCAAUUCACUUGGUGGCAUAUUUACAUUACUCCUUGGCUUCGGACUUGUCAGCAAGGAUGAUGAGAACUUUCGAGUUGUUUGGUAUGUUGGUACGGGGCUUUUUGCCUUCAACUUUGUGGCCAUCUUCUUCUUCUUCAACCCACCCAAACGACGCCUCGAGUCAUCCUUGACAUGGAAGGAAAAGAACAAGGCUCUCGACUUGAUAGGAUAUAUUCUUUUCUCCAUUGGAAUGAUAAUGUUCAGUGUGGGCUUGACAUGGGCCAACAACCCGUACUCUUGGCACAGUGCCCCGGUCCUCAGCACAUUUAUUAUUGGCGUUGUCUUUAUUAUCCUCACGGUAAUUUGGGAGGUCAAGAAGAAGGAUGGAUUCUGCCAUCACGCCCUUUUCCGAACAAGCCGCAACUUUGCACUUGCCCUGGUCUUUAUUUUCAUCGAAGGGUUCGCAUUCUAUGCGGCCAACAACUUUCUUCCUCUGGCGUACUCGGUUUAUUUUGAUAGUGACCUUCUGAAGGUUGGUGCUAUGAUGUCCCUUAUUUUCAUUGGAGGAGCAAUCUCAUCGGUGAUUGGCGGUCUCUACUCUACCAAGGCAAGGAGAGUCCGACCACCUUUGACGGCUGGGAUGGCCCUCUUUGUCAUCUACUUUGCAUGUAUGGCUACUCUCAAGCCCGGUCAGCUAGCUGCGAUGUGGGGCUAUACUGUCCUGGCGGGCUUUGGCCUUGGGUUCGGUCUUGUCAUCGCCGUGACGACUGGCCAGAUAAGCACCCCGCCUGGCUUGAUCGCCACAACCAGUGGCCUGAUCCUGACCUCAAGAUCCUUGGGAGGCUCAGUCGCGCUCCCGGUUUAUACUGCUAUCCUCAACUCUUCAUUGUCUAAGCAUCUUGCCCAAAAGAUCGCCGAAAGGGUUAUUCCUCUCGGGAUCUCUGCCAAGGACUUACCAACCUUUGUCAGCGCUCUUGCUAAUAAUGAUCAACGAGCUCUGGCUGCUAUUCGGGGUGUUACUCCUCAAGUCAUCUCGGCGGGGGUUGCUGGAUUGAGGUCAGCUUAUCAUAUAGCUUUCCGCGGCACCUGGAGUACAGCGGCAGCUGUCUCGGCGGUUGGGUUAAUACUUGCGCUUUUUGUCCGUGAUCCUCGCGACAGCUUUAACAUGCACGUGGAUGCGCCGGUUGAGGAAGAUAUUGCUAGAGGGCUUGGCCAGCGCUUGGAAGAUGGGAGUAAAAGCGUAACUGCAACCGAACAUAUCGAGUCAAACAUUGUCAGCGAAAAGCCUCGAGACAAGGCUUGA